AUGGGGCCGGCACCCUGCACCAAUGGCCUCUUCAUCGUCCUCCUCCUAGUGCUCGCCGCGGCCGACUUCGGGUCGGGGCAGCAGAACCCCUACACGACGAAGUUCAGCCCAUCCAGGGCCACCGUCAUCAUCGUCCUAAUCGUCAUCCUCAUCGCCUUCUUCUUCUUGUUCUUCCUCUGCCUCUUCUUGGACUGCAUCCACCACUGCUAUGGCCACAACUCCUACUCGGCCACUAGACUCCCGAUAGGCGCCGCCGCGGCUCGCCCGCGACGGCAGCAGCGCGGGCUCGACCCGGCCGUCCUUGAGACCUUCCCGACCAUGGCGUACGCCGACGUGAAGGAGCACAAGGCCGUCAAGGGCGCGCUGGAGUGCGCCGUGUGCCUCAGCGAGUUCGACGACGACGAGACGCUCCGCCUCCUGCCCAAGUGCUCCCACGUCUUCCAUCCGGACUGCAUCGACACCUGGCUAGCCUCCCACGUCACUUGCCCGGUCUGCCGCGCAAACCUCGUCCCCAACGACACCGACUUUCCGGCCACCGGCGAUGAGCUGUCGAGCGUCCAUCCCGCUUCGCAGCCGCCGCAAGAAGUGCCGCCGCCAGAUUCUGCAACGGAGGCAGCACCCACCGUCGUCAUCGACGUGGAGGAGAGCGAGGACGAGAGGAUCAUCCGGGAAGAGACGGACGAACUUGCGCGGAUCGGCAGCCUGAAACGCGCUCUGCGCUCCAAGUCCAACCGAGCGCCCACGCACUUCUCGCGUUCGCACUCGACGGGGCACUCGCUCGCUGCGCCAGCCAGCAUCUGCACCGGCGCCGGCAUCGAGAGGUUCACGCUGCGGCUGCCCAAGCCGGAGCACGCGGACAGACUACGGCGCAUGAAGAGCCUCGUCGCGUUCACUGCCGGCCGGCAGGGCAGCACGUACCGUUCCCUCCGACUAUGCGGCGACGGCAGCAGCCGCAGCGGGACAAGCGUCCGGCUGGGACAGUCAGGCCGGUGGCCAUCUUUCUUGUCGCGGACUUUCUCCGCGGCGUGGGGGGCGAGGUCCACCCGGAGUGCCGAGUUGGGCGGGUCGAGCAAGGGCGGGAAGCCGGCCGGUGCCGGCGGCAAGUCAGUGGAGUGCAAAGACCACUAGACCAGGCGUGCGCUGCUGACAACGUGUUUAAUUUGACCGGGCCUUCCGUUGCGGUCAAAUGGUGUGUCACUCCAGCGAGAACCAAUGAUUUUUCUUUUUUCCUUACUUUUUUCACUCAAAUAACUGCUUUUCAAAUUAUCUCAGAAAAUUUGGAUUUUUUUCGUCUGAAUUAUUCAAACAAAUUUUGGAUUCAAAUAAGUAAUUUUGUUGCUUGAGCUUUAAUUUAGGAGUUUCAACUUAA